GAGCAGAGGCGGUGACAGAUGGAGAAUCUGUGACUGAGAGAAACAGUCGGAGCGCCGAGAGAGAGAGAGAGAAAGGGACAGAGGGAAGGAAAUAAACUGAAUGAAAGAGACAGGCAGAGAAGUGUAGUAUUUUCCUGCGUUUUUGUUUUUUGUUUGUGUGUUUUGACAGUGGUGACACCUUUUCUUCUCAGUGGAUUUUACAGCGGCUCAGUCUUGUGUGUUUGCUGUUGUCUCCCCUCUUUUUUCUUUUUUUUUUUUUUUCCUCGGAUGCUAAAGGAUGGAUAGAGAUGGUGACACCGCUGUAAACCUGGACACAAGGGCUGCACUGACACAGGUCUGCUAAGGGGUCUCAAAAGAGCAACAGGAGAUAAGUGUCGACGACUGUGAACGUCUUUGGGGCGUCCGUCAGAAGAACCAUCGAUCCAUCCAGGAAGUGGUGAGGGGUGAGGCAGCCGACCGGACCGGGAGACAUGUUGGGUCAGGGUGGAAACGUGGCCCUGGUUCUCACGUCAGCUCUGCUGCUGCUGUGGAGAGAAGCAGCGUCCAUCGAAGUACCACAAGACCCAAAGAUCCUGCAGGACCUGAAGCAGCCCCCCACCAUCACCAAACAGUCAGACACCGACUACGUUUUCGACCCCCGAGAUAACAUCAUCAUCGAGUGCGAGGCCAAGGGCAACCCGGUGCCGACGUUCACAUGGCGAAGGAACGGGAAGUUCUUCAACAUCGGGAAAGAUCCCAGGGUGACGAUGCGGAAACGAUCGGGAACCCUGGAAAUCGGUUUCCGCAGCGGAGGACGACCGGAGGACUACGAGGGAGAAUACCAGUGUUUCGCCACCAAUGACUUGGGAUCAGCGAUGUCCAACAAAAUCCUGCUCCGGGUCUCGAAGGCUCCUCUGUGGCCUAAGGAGGUGCUGGAGCCGGUGACUGUGAACGAAGGCUCCUCGCUGGUUCUGCCCUGUAACCCGCCACCGGGCCUCCCUCCUCCGACGACGUUCUGGAUGGACAGCAACAUGAAUGCGUUCCCUCAGGAUGCCAGAGUGUCCAUGGGUCUGAACGGAGACCUGUACUUCUCCAACGUUUUGCCUCAGGACAGUCAGACUGACUACAUCUGCAGCGCUCGCUUCUUCUUCACGCACACGAUCCAGCAGAAAAACCCGCUCACGCUAAAAGUUCAGACCAAGGAGCCGUAUAAUGACACGUCUUACAAUUCCUCUGACCCUCGCGGUGGCCGGAGAGUAGCAGAGUCAACGCCGACCUUCCUCUCACCGUCAGGAGGCCAGAGCUACAAGAUGGUGUUACGUGACGAGCAACUGAUGCUGGAGUGUAUCGCUGCUGGACUUCCUACGCCCACCAUCAAGUGGAAUAAGAUGGGUGGGGACCUGCCAGGACGGAAGGUGAAGUUUGAGAACUACAACAAGACCCUGAAGAUUAUCAAUGUGUCAGAGGAGGACGGUGGGGAGUAUGUGUGCAUGGCCAAAAAUCAUUUAGGCAGCAUACAGCACUCUAUAUUUGUUCAGGUUAAAGCGGCUCCUUAUUGGCUGGACAAACCCACAAACCUGGUGCUGGCUCCAGGUGAGAACGGGCGCCUCGUGUGUCGGGCCAACGGGAACCCCAAACCAAACAUCCAGUGGCUCAUCAACGGACAACCUAUCGAGAGUUCUCCCCCCAGCGAAUACAGGCAGGUGCAAGGCGACACCAUCAUCUUCCUCUCGGUGCAGAUCGGAAGCAGCGCCGUCUACCAGUGCAACGCCUCCAACCAGCACGGCUACCUGCUGGCCAACGCCUUCGUCAGCGUCCUUGACAUGCCUCCGAGGAUGCUGGGCCCCAAAAAUCAGCUGAUUAAAGUCAUCGAGAACAACCGCACCUUCCUAGACUGCCCCUUCUUUGGUUCCCCUUUACCGGAGUUACGCUGGUUUAAGAACGGACAGGGCAGCGGGCUGGAUGGAGGUCAGUACCGUGUUUACAACAACGGCACCUUGGAGAUAAAACGAGCCAGAGGAGAGGACGAAGGCACCUACACCUGUGUGGCCAGCAGCAUCUUGGGCAGCGAUAACAACCAGGUCCGCCUGCAGGUCAAAGAGAAAACUCGUAUAGUCCGAGCCCCCGAGCACCAGUCGGCCGUCAGGGGCUCCACGGCUCGCUUCGACUGUAAGGUGAAGUCCGACCCCACCCUCAUCGUCUCUGUGGCCUGGAUGAAGGAUGAUAAGCCUCUGCAGCUGGGAUGGAGAGUGAGGAGAAAUGAGGAGUCGCUGACCAUCGCCAAUGUCAAUGAGGGUGAUGAGGGAACAUACACCUGCACCGUUAAAUCGGAGAUAGACCAGGACUCAGCCUCAGCGCGUCUCACUGUGUUAGAGGAAGCCUCCCUCAAUCCCACAGUCUCUAGUGCCUUGCCGCCAGACCGUCCAGACCCUCCCAUGGACUUGGAGCUAUCGGACCCAGCAGCUCGAACCGUUUGCCUCACCUGGAUCCCUGGGAAUGAUCACAGGAGCCCGAUCACAGAGUUCUUGGUCCAGUUUGAGGAGGACCACUGGGAGCCGGGCAGGUGGAAGGAUCUGUCCACUUACCCCGGAAGCCUCAACUCUGUGAUCCUGCAGCUCGCCCCCUUCAUCAACUACCAGUUCAGGGUCAUCGCCGUCAACUCAGUUGGUCACAGUCAACCCAGCCGCCCGUCACCGCGUUACAAGACCAGCGGCGCUGCCCCAGAUUCAAUUCCCAGAGAUCUACGAGGAUGGGGCACCAGGAAGGACAACAUGGAGAUCACAUGGGAGCCUCUGCCUUAUCUGGAGAGAAAUGGCCCCAACUUGAAGUACAACCUGUGGUGGAGGCGAAAGGAUUCAGAGGAGGAGUGGAACAACGUGACCACGAUGGAAUCCAAACACGUCGUCCACAACACGGAGACCUACGUGCCUUACGAGAUCAAAAUCCAGGCCAGGAAUGAUUUUGGACUGGGACCAGAGUCCAACAUGAUCACCGGGUUCUCUGGCGAGGACAAGCCCACAGAUUCACCCACCGACCUGCAGGUCUCAAAGGUGGACAGCACCAAAGUGAACGUCCACUGGAAGCCUGUGGACAUGGACUCGGUUCAGGGACAGUUCAAGGAAUACAGACUGUAUUACUGGCGUGAGUCCAGUCUGGUUCCUGGUCUCGUGGUCAAUAAGCAGAAGAAGACUAAAGGUUUCUACACCACCAGCUCUGAACCGUCUGGCAUCCUCAGCGAUCUGGUGCCCUUCUCCAAGUACAAGAUGUUCAUGGUCGUCGCCAACAACCACUUUGAGGGUCCACCCAGCAACACGGUGGAAUUCACCACCAAGGAGGGAGUUCCAGACGCCCCCAGUUUCUUCAGGAUCAAGCGCAGGAUGUUGGACACCGUCUACUUGGAAUGGGGCAAACCUCGAGAGCCCAAUGGCCUUCUGGUUGCGUACCAGCUCAAAUACCAAACAGUCAAUGCUUCCACGUUGGGAAAUAUGCAGCUGGAGACUUUCUUCCCUAAUGUGACGGAGUUCAGCCUCCGUCUGCCGGACCGGUCCACGCGCUACAAGUUCUUCCUGUCGGCGCUCACACAGGUGGGCGCAGGAGAAGUCUAUGCAGAGGAGUCGCCUCCCUUCACCAACGAGGACAACUUUACUGACGCUACAGGUCUAGUUGAGCUUACCGAUGCUUCCCUGGCUUCAGCUUUCACUCCUACUCCUCCUCCUCUUCCUCCUCUUCCUACUACCACCAUUGUUCCUACAACCAUUAGUACCUCAACUACUACCGCUCCUCCUACAGCUACGACAACUCCUCCUCCUCCUCCUCCUACUACUACUACUACUACUACUACUACUACUACUACGACUGAGGUCACCACUACUACUGAGGCCACCACUACUACUGAGGCCACCACUACUACUGAGGCCACCACUACGACCACUACCACCAAGCGUAUCGAUAAGAACGUGUUGGUGCUCCCUGUGCGGAAGAUCUGGAAUCUGACGGUGGAGCCUAACAGUAACUACGCUAACGUCAGCUGGUUACACGACUUCCCGGCCGGCAGCAGCGAGUUUGUGCUAGAGUUCACACUGGACAGCGACAAGACGAAGACAGUUGUGCAUCACGUGAAACAACCGCCUCCCGUUAGUGUGGCAGAUCUGACCGCAGGCGAGACGUACCACCUGAGGGUGUACUCCCAUGAGUUCGUCAGCAUCAGCAGCAAUUCUGUCGUCUUUAAGACCAAAGCAGCCUACAUAGACCAGGUGGACAUAGCCACUCAGGGCUGGUUCAUCGGCUUGAUGUGUGCCAUCGCGCUCAUUAUACUGAUCCUCCUCAUCGUUUGCUUCAUCAAGAGGAGUCGUGGGGGUAAAUACCCAGGUGGUGGUUGCGUGACUGGUUUUGCAAAGUUUUUAGUUCGCGAUAAAAAAGAUCUCCCAUUGGACCCAGUGGAUCAGAAAGACCCGAACGGAUCUUUUGAUUACCACAGUGACGAGGACAACAAGCCCCUGCAGGGCAGCCAGACCUCGCUGGACGGCAACGUGAAGGAGAGCGACGACAGCCUGGUGGACUACGGCGAAGGCGGCGACGGCCAGUUCAACGAGGACGGCUCGUUCAUCGGCCAGUACACGGUGAAAAAGGACAAGGACGAGACGGAGGGCAACGAGAGCUCCGAGGCCACCUCGCCCGUCAACGCCAUCUAUUCCCUGGCGUAGCGCCGCGGCGGUCGGCGGCGGAGCACCGGGGUGGGGGGGGGGGGGGAACUCAGCCUCUGACUGGAGGGGGCGAACAAACCACGGCACCAUACACAAAGAUGCAAUCACACACAUAUAUGAGCAUAUGAAACACACAUUAUAUACAGAAACGCUGCAGCAGGGCCCUGUCUGGAGACUGCACAGGCUCCACUCUGCAGGUGAAGUGGAGGAGCACCGGAGCGAAAUAAGACCACAAGCCUUUAAUUUAUGUUUCCAGCUCUGAGAAUAUCGGCCCACCGGAGGUGACGUUUGGACAAAGCGGACAGUGCUCGUCUUUUUUCCUCUGCGCUCUUGCCUGCCCUUUUACCCACACAGACUUGAAGUGUGCCUUUCAGGGCAGCUUUCACAAGCCUUCUUUAGAGAAUUUAUUUGGUUUCAUCUCCCUUACAAACAUUUCCCCGGUCUGCUGUCUCUGCCCCUCGUACCUCGGCGUGGCGUCCCACUAAAGCAAAGGUUAAACACACACUGGCCCCCGUCCUGUGACAUAUCACCACGUAACCGUCAGUCUCAACAGGAUGCCGGCAGAUAUGUUUAUCAUAUUGAUACUUCGCAGUGAAAGAUUUUAGUUUUUUCCACAGCUGAUAGGCGAGUCAUCGGAUCUUGAUAAUGAAUGCUGUAUACAGCCCCGGCACACAAUGUAGUGCCCUGCAAAACUAUGCACUAUCACCGUUUUGGUUUCCAUCCGGUUAGUAAAAGUACACGUUCAGUUUUUUCUUUGUAGCACUCGCAGACUAAAUCACACGCUUUUCUUCACCUUGCCUUGAACUACUGUAUGUGGUAGACAUGUUUUUCUUACCUCUAAUCCAGUUUUGUAGUGCAGAUGUUAAAAAAAAAAAAAAAAAAACGGCCUCCACGAGAAAAGCCUUUUUCCAAGACGUUCUGUUACAGAAUGAUGUUAAUGAAUUCAUUUUUUGUUUUUUUUUGUUUUUUAAAGAUUCAACAGAAGAAUAUUAUUUUGCAGCAUGCUCUUAAACUUAGUGCAAGAGAAACGGGAAGAUCAACGGACAAGUUAGUUGUGCUUGAGAAACAAACAGUAGACAUUAUUCCCUAGUGAGCAUGCCGGCUAAAACCCUCCAUUCUUGUCAGACGGGAACAGCUUCCCUGCAGAUGCAAGACUUCCACUGUUCUGUUGACUCCGACGUCUCGGUUGUUUCUCUUAAAAGAAGGAAAUCUGUAUUUUUUUUUACACCAAAACCAAACGUUUGCAAAUGCCAAUCAAACAAACACCGUGAUCACAUACAAAAUAUUCUUCUAAAACCAGAAUUCUAUAGUUUUUAGCUCCGGUAAACUCAGAUAUAUAUUAUUGUCAGGCUGAAAGCUCAUUGCCUGGCUUAAUGUUUCCUGCAUCGUAAGGCGUGUUCAGACUAAACUUUUCAUUCAGUUAUUGUUAUUACAGUCCUUUUAGUUUUUUGUUUGUUUUAAUUUUUCCGAAUUUGAUCUUUAACACCACGUCUAAGAUGUCCUGUGUUUAGUCUGAACCCACCUUCACAGAUGUGGAUCUAUACAGCAGAUUGUUUUAGUUUAUAAAAAGGAUAUAAUAAAAAAAAAAAAAGAUGAAAUCAGAAUAGAUGAAUUCAAAAAACAAAAAAAAAAGAUUUGCAGCAUGAGAAUCUAUACAUUGAAUUCAAGAGCACCCUUCAAAUUAAAAGCAUCGGCUUCAUUUUUAUUUUUUUUACUUUUAUGUUUUGUUAUGUUUAUGCCGAGGGGGGAAUAUAUUCAGUAUUUCACUUAUUCAGUUUCAUCAUGUUGUAUUUCUGUGCAGCAGACUGGCUGUCGCUUAUUAUUUAAUGUUUUUUGUUUUUAAUUUUAUACUAAAUGUUCAGGGAGUGUUAGCGCUGCUGCUCCUGCUACCUAACAGCACUAUUAAACGUUGCAGCGCAAAGUCGGACAGAUGUUCACAACAGUUAGGUUCACAUUGUAUUCAAAAAACUCAAAAUUUAUUUUAUAUUUAUAUUUAUUAAAUCAUGUGCAUAGUAUUAAUAGAGUAGUCAUUAAUAUAUUCAUUGUUGUACCAUGGCGCAGGCUGAAUACUCGGUUCUAAUUUGUCGUGAGGUGUUGAUUAGUUCCUGAUAAUGGACAACGGCUCCAGGGAAACUCUCUGUUCUCAACUAAUAGAUUAAUCAAUCAAAAGCCUCUGUUUAGAGUUGAGCUGUUUAACACAAGCUACAGGAAUAUUAAUAUUUAUCUGGAGACGGUGACGCGACUAGCUGGGCUUCUUAUUAACCCUUUACUGAAAUAAUCUUAUGUCUGAAAAUACAUUAGGCCACUUCUUCUUCGUUGCACCUAAUAAGUCAUUUAGCGUCCUGACUCAGACCCUGACUCAGAUCCUGACUCAGUGCAACCAGAUGGGAAAUGACAAAUUAUUAUACGGGAAUCUUAAAAUUAUCAUAUUUUGAGGGAAAAUUAUCAUGCAUACUCAAUUUGACGUUGCUCAGGACCAUCUGCUACAGUAAAACCGUCUAGUAUAGCUGAUAAUUCAGCUUUACCUUUAAAUAAACUAACAAAUAUCUGUGUAUUAAAGGGGGAAAAUUAUUGUACAUUAUGGGAUUUUUGGAAUUAUUGAUAGUACAGAGAGUGAUAUUAUCGUACUUCCUUGAUCUUCUCUGGCCGAAUUAAAACCACAUGCUUCCAAACCUCACUGAGAGGAACAGGGACGCAAUUUAAAAUGUGACGAAGUUACCAAAUAUGGUUCCUCGCCCUAUAAAGCGUGUCACACAUCUUGCUAGCAUAGUGUUCAAGGCUGUUUCAAGAUAGUCUGGGGGCCCCUUCAUUCCACCCCCCACAAGAAAUGAGCAAAAUUGUUAUUUAAAUAACAAACAUUAGUAACAAAAACGUUAAAAUACAAAAAUAAAACAAUAAAUAUACUAUCUUGAGUUUUUACCCUUCAUUCUUUGGUCUUGUUCCUCACAUACUGAGUUAUUCUUAUUCUCAGUUACUCUUAUUUCUUAAUUAACUUAGAAUAACUUCCUCCAAAUCAUGGAUCAUUACUCCAGGUCUAGUCAAAUAUACAAUUGUUAUUUUUCCUUUGGUGAGUGUCGACCCUUCAACCCCUUCAAUGUGUCCAUUAUCAGGAACUAACAGAAGACGCCAAGGCCCCAACCUUUCAAUAUGAGGUGGAGUUGGGCAUUAUCUCUUACUUUUUACCAACCUAUUGUUUUUUUUUUUUGGUUUGUUUGUUUUUUUCGUCGUGGCCUACCAAAAUAUAUCUAUAUCUAUAUAUAAUAUGUGUCUAAUUUGGUUAUUGUUUAAUCACGAGAGGCAUCCACCACAUGUUCCAAGAUAUUUUUGUAGCAGCAGGUUUUUCUGCUUUAAAAACGAAACUGAAGCUAUAUACCCGUCAUCGUCCAUGAGAAAGGUCACGUUCGUCCACCGCUGCUCCUCUCGUGCUCAUGUCGUAUUAACUGUUGCUCUGUGUUGUGUUAUUCAGAUUUACCUUGUCAUUGCAAAACAAAAAAAAAAAAUGAAUACUGUCGUUAUUACUUAUUUGCUAUGUAUUCUGCACAUGUAGGUCCCGAGAGAAAACCUCUUUGUAAAUAUUAACCCACUCCUCCUCCCCCACCCACCAUGCCCCAGCCUAUCACACCACCACCACCCUACACACAAACAAACACAAAAACGCUUUAUCUGAAAAGACAAACGGUCCCAAAUAUGACGGUGCAUCCUCAGUUUGCCGGGCACCUUCGUAUUGUAGCUUUUGCACUUUGAAAGAGUAAUAAGAAUCAUCCUUCACCCGACUUCUUUGCCCCUUUGCUUUGACAUUUGUAAUAUACGGUUACUGGUUGUGGCAUCAGCCGCUCGUUUGAUGAUGUUCGAAUUCUGUAUCGUGAAAGAGGAAUACGUUAGAUUUUAUUUUACGUGCAGCAGAAGUUCUUGCGGUUAUACUCUCUGUAGCAUUUGUUUCACACAAACUAAGCUAAGAGGCUCAGAGGUACUGGAACUAAUGUCCCUCCAUUUACAUCUUUAUGUGAACCUGCGUACUCUCCUUCCAGUACUUGGCUUAAAACUAACACACAGCAUCGACUGGGCCACUGACUGAAGCUGCUCCUCGUCUAAACCCUCCUGCUCUGCUCUUUUAUGUGGUAAAAUCACCAGAUUGGUAUCCCCCAAAACCAAACACUGCUGCAGCUUUUAAUGCAGAACCUUCUACAGGUCUCGUGACUUGAACUGCAAGGAUGGUGGCGCCGGCUAUUUGCACCAAUCAGAUCAGAUCAGAUCAGAUCAGAUCGGUUCCAGUUGAUGGUAGAAAAAGCUACAAAUUGUCACUUUAUUUAAAAGAAUCUUAUUCCCUCAUGUCGUCUCCUCAUCAUUUCUACCUGAUGUCAGGUUUGUGGUUGUUGUGACGUGGAAACACAUCUCCCACGUCUUUAAAUGAAUCUCCAGAGCAGCGUCCAUUUAAUUUAAUUUAAGAAGUCAGUCAAAGUGGUUUGUCCGGCAAACGUGUUCAUGAGUUUACUCUGAUACUGAAAAAAAAAAAAAAGUCCUGGUGAGAGGAAAAGAUACUGUGCAUGUGCCCGACGAUCCCAAAAUCUGUUUUUCUGCCAAACCACAAUGCUGACAGUGUUUCUCUAACCGCGGUGUGACUGCUGCAGGACACGCUGCCGAGGAGGAAACCCAAACCCACGACCGCGCCCCCACCCCUUCCCGAUCACCGAGCUUCUCUUUUUACCGUCCACCGGGAAGAAUAACAUGUCCCGCAGUUUGUUUCUUUUUUUUUUUGUUUGUUUUUUUUGCCUUUAUUUCCAAAAUGCUGCGACGCCGUCUAGAAUCUUACCCGGUGCACAUUUGCAGUUGCGUUUUUAAUAACUAAUGAUCACGUGCUGUCUGGCUAUUUUUUAAAUGAUGAAAUGUCGUAUAAGCAUCUUAUUGUUUCUACCAUGUGUAUCACAGCAGCUUGUCAAAGUCUUGCUUCCACGCGCGAAAAUAACAGCUUUUGUAAGGUACAUCUACUCAACAAAAAAAAAACAAAAAAAAUGGCAUCAAUAUAUUCACCAUGUAUGCGUGUAUGAUGAGAUGUUGCAACUUCUGCUGGCGACGCCUUCUUUAUAGUAAACCAAUCUCCUUUUCUCUA